CUUCGGUACGCUCUGUAAAUUAUUUACUUACUGUUUUCGCCCCGAUCAAUUCAUCUCGAGUAUCCCGAAUUCAUCACGCUGCGCGCUUCCAACAUAUUCAAUAUGCCUCCAGCAAUUAGCGACGAAGAAGCGUCCGACCAUGGCGAAUUGACUGUUUCCUUAACCUCGAAACGCACAAAAAGGGCAUCUACGAAGAUAGAGGAAAACGAUGAUGACGAAAUGCAAGAUAUUGUUAAGGCCGACGUUGAGAACGGAGAUGACAACCAAGAUGAUGAAGGGGACGAGGAAGAAGUCGCAGAGGACCUAGACGAAGACGAAUUCAUCGUCGAAAAGAUCCUCGGUCACGUCGUCGAACCUGACGGCGCGUUAAAAUUCAAAGUCAAAUGGGAAGGCUAUGAGAAGAAAUCAGAUCAGACAUGGGAAGAUGAUGAGAACCUCAAGGAAAAUGCGUCCGACGUCCUAGAGGAGUACCUUCGAAGCGUAGGCGGACGAGAGCAGAUCAUGGAUGAUGCGAAGACGGCGCUCAAGACGAAGAAGCGUGGAAGGCCAGCAUCGGGAACUCCUACCAACGGCACGAAGCGACGACGAAAUGGAGAUCAUCCCGAUUCUGCAACGCCACCUGCUAGCGGAAAAGGCUGGAGGGUACCAGUAGGUUCCUGGGAAGACGAGGUAGAAUCUAUCGAUGCCUGUCACGACGAGAAUACAGGUAAAUUGAUCGUCUACCUUACGUGGAAGAAUGGCCAAAAGACCCAGCACGAUACCAAGGUCGUCUACCAGCGCUGCCCGCAGAAGAUGCUUCAAUUCUAUGAACGACACGUUAAAAUCGUUAUGUCGUCGGAAAGCGGCCUGAAGGACGAGUAAUACCGCACUACAACAAUAGUACCUACCUAGCUAGAGGUGUCGGUUAAAUCGGAACUACUACAUCAUGCAGAGAUUUGGUCUAUACCUAUUUACAGGAAUAUGGACUUGGGGAGUCUUGGCCCGCAUACUGAAUGGCGAUUACGAUGAGAUAGUCGAAUGGGACAAAACAUGGGCGAAGCAGAGAACAUUGCGAACUUGAGAACACUGUAUAUGUAUUUAAGCCUCAGAUCCGAAGUCAGAUUACUUCGGCUCAAAUUGCUCGGGGCGCCGGGGAAAAGGGGCAGCUUUCCAUGCCUACUACUAACCAGAGGUCUUGAUGACAUUGGCGUUGGUAAGGCUUUGCACUCAUCCUCAUCUUAUCUGAUUUAUUCCCUUUGCUCGGAAAAAAAGAGUAAUUCUACGAAUUGAUAUUUGCAUAAAUUAA